AUGGCGGACGGGGGCAGCCUACACAAUGUGCCCCUGGUGCUAGAUAACGGCAGCGGCACCAUUCGAGCAGGCUUCGCAGGCACGGAUCUCCCCGCCGCCUACUUUCCCUCAUAUGUUGGCCGACCCAAACAUGUUCGCGCUCUCGCGGGUGCGUUGGAGGGCGACGUCUUUAUUGGGCCCAAAGCGCAGGAACUACGAGGCCUCCUCAAAAUAAGAUAUCCACUGGAACAUGGCAUCGUUACGGAUUGGGACGAUAUGGAGAAGAUAUGGACGUAUGUCUAUGAACAGGAGCUGAAGACAUUGAGCGAGGAACACCCUGUCCUGCUUACAGAGCCACCCCUGAACCCGAGACAGAACCGCGACACAGCGGCGCAGAUCCUUUUCGAACAGUUCAACGUCCCUGCAAUCUACAUGUCAAUACAAGCCGUGUUGAGUCUGUAUGCAAGUGGCCGAACGACAGGCAUUGUGCUUGACAGUGGAGACGGUGUCACCCACGCGGUCCCGGUUUACGAAGGGUUCGCAAUCCCCAGCAGCAUACGCAGGAUCGAUGUGGCCGGCAGGGACAUCACCGAACACAUGCAGCUUCUUCUGAGAAAGAAUGGACAUGUGUUCCAUACCAGCGCGGAGAAAGAGAUCGUCCGCAUUAUGAAAGAGAAAACAGCGUACAUUGCCCUCGACCCCAGGAAAGAAGAGAAGGACUGGUCUCAGGGAAUAUGGAAGAACGAGAAGAGAGACGUUGAAUACGUCUUGCCAGACGGUCAGAAGAUCAAGAUCGGAGCAGAGCGAUUCCGAGCACCGGAGAUAGUGUUCGAGCCCGCGCUGAUCGGGCUGGAGUACGAGGGUGUCCACCAAAUGGUUGUUGACGCCAUCAAUCGGACAGAUAUGGACCUUCGCAAGAACCUUUUCGGAAACGUUGUCCUCAGCGGCGGAACAACUCUGUGUAAAGGGUUCCCGGACCGACUUCUGUAUGAGAUGCAAAGAUUGGCAGUCAAGGACAUGCGCAUCAAGAUCUAUGCACCUCCCGAGCGGAAGUACAGUACCUGGAUCGGUGGUAGCAUUCUCGCAGGGCUAAGCACAUUCCGAAAGAUGUGGGUCAGCAUAGACGACUGGCAUGAGAAUCCAGACAUCAUCCAUACCAAAUUCACGUGA